AUGCCUUCCUUUAAUCUCAAUGUGUUGAUGACCCUUGUGCUUGGCUUGCUUAGCCUUAGCAGUUUGAGUGAAGCUGAUUAUCGCUCCCACGUCUGUUCUAACACAACCCGUUUCACUCCCAACAGCACCUACGAAUUCAAUCUUAAUCUGCUGCUCUCUUCACUCACCUCCAAUGCCACCCGUGAACUUGGUUUCUACAACACCACCGCCGGCUCCCAAGACCCCAACACUGCAGUUUACGGCUCCUUUCUAUGCCGUGCCGAUCUCACAUCAGAUGCAUGCCAAGAUUGUGUGGCUACUGCAGCCAGAGACGCGGUCCAAGAGUACUGCCCCUUAAGAAAAGUCACCACAAUUUGGUACGACGAUUGCAUGUUACGCUACUCAAACGUGUCUUUUUUUGGCCAUAUGGAUCAACACCCAAAAGUUUAUUUGUUUAGCUCGGGAAACGUUACUGAACCAAUCCGGUUUAAUCAGUUGCUGUCGAAAACAAUCACUGAAUUGGUGCCUGUGGCAGUAAAUGCGGCCUCCGGUUCUAAAAAGUUUGCUACAAAAGAAGUGAACUUUACAGGGUUUCAGGACUUGUACAGCCUUGUGCAGUGCACGCCAGACCUGUCAAGCACCGAUUGUGAUGGGUGUCUUCGAGGAGCUAUUGCGCUUCUUCCGGCUUGUUGUAAUGGGAAGCCAGGGGCAAGAGUUUUGUGUCCUAGUUGUAACGUUAGAUAUGAAUUCUAUCCAUUUUAUACUAGAGUUGCUGCCCCUUCUUCACCACCAACACCACUGCUUCUUCCUCCUCCACCCCCAGCUUCAGUUUCAAGAUCUCAAGGAAAUGAUGACCAAAUCUCAUCUUUACCCAUAGUGGCCAUUGUGGUUCCAAUUGCCAUAUUGCUCUUCUUGGGUACUCUCCCGGAUGGGCUACAAAUAGCUGUGAAGAGGUUAUCUAGAGGCUCUGGGCAAGGUGCCGAAGAGUUUAAGAAUGAGGUUGUUUUGGUAGCUAAGCUUCAGCACAGAAAUUUAGUGAGGCUACUGGGAUUUUGCUCUGAAGGAGAAGAAAAGAUACUUGUUUACGAACUUGUGGAGAACAAAAGCCUUGACCACUUUCUAUUCGGCUCUGAGAACCAAGUAAAAUUGGAUUGGUCAAGCAGAUACAAGAUUAUUGGCGGGAUUGCUCGAGGGCUUCUCUAUCUCCAUCAAGAUUCUCGGCUUAAAAUCAUACAUCGUGAUCUUAAAGCAGGCAACGUAUUGUUAGAUGGGAACAUGAACCCAAAAAUUGCAGAUUUUGGCAUGGCAAGAAUAUUUGGUGUUGACCAAACUCAAGGAAGCACAAGAAGGAUUGUGGGAACAUAUGGUUACAUGCCUCCAGAAUAUGCAAUGUAUGGACAAUUCUCUGUGAAGUCCGACGUGUACAGUCAUGGUAUCUUGAUCUUAGAGAUUGUAACUGGCAAGAAGAACACUAAUUUCUAUAACUCGGACCAUGGCGAAGACCUCUUGAGCUAUGCUUGGAGACAUUGGAGGGAUGGGACACCCUUAGAAUUAUUGGAUCCAAAUCUAAGAGAUUCUUAUGAAAAAACUGAAGUAAUUAGAUGUGUCCAUAUUGGGUUACUCUGUGUUCAGGAAAAUCCAGAUGAGAGACCCACAACGCAAUCCAUUGUUCUCAUGCUAAGCAGUGACUCUGUUACCAUGGAAUUACCUCAAAAGCCUGCAUUUUUCAUGCAUUGUAGAACAGAGUUGAAUAUGCCAUCAUUAACCACCGAAUCAUCUGAUCCAACUGCUAGCAACUUGUUGCCGUUUUCUGUUAACGAAGCAUCAAUUACUGAAUUAUACCCCCGUUAG